AUGAUCGCAGGAUUCAAGGGAAAAACAUACUUUUCUGAGCAGACUGAUAAGAUGAAUGGUACAGCUGAAGGGUGUGAUGAUAUCACAGGCGCUCGAUUUACUGAUAUCCCUAACAAAAUUAGCAUUAUUUCAAGGACUAAAAGAGUUUCCCAUCCUAAAGGAAUUUCCAAGAUUCCUCAUUCUUCACGCCAAGCCACCCGCCUAGGGUGCAGUUCUGUACAGAGCUGCUCAAAGAGUGCAAUUGCAUUUACACAGCAGCAAAUGCAUGAUGCAGAAUGCCUUGCCAUGAAACUCACAAAGGAAUUGAAGUCAAUGAAGGACAUUGUGGAUGACAUGUUACGGUCUGAAUUCUGUCUAAAUACGUCUUUGAGACAUAAAGUAAAUGAGGCAAGAAUGGCUGUUAAGAAUGCCACAAGAGCUGAAGAAGCUGCAAAACGAUGCCUGGCCUUCAUGUCAAGGGAUUGCAGCCGUUUCUGUAAAAUAAUGAAAUUAUCUGAUGAUGGUUCACCUCCUCAAGAUGUAGUGCGUAAAGAGAGGAAAAAAAUAGCCUUUGCCGAUGAAGCAGGUGGAAGGCUGUGCCAGGUUAUGUUCUAUGAGGAUAAUGGGAUAUCUUUGUCAGAGUCUAAUUGA